GGAGGCGGAUCCCUUUAAAAUGGCAAGCAGCUAUGAGCAGGCUGCCUGCGUUCUCUGUCAGCGGGUGGUAUAGCCUCCAGACUGCGUGGGCUAGUGUGGGCGCAGUUGAAAAGUUUCUUAUAAAAGCGGUGAUUCCGGAGUCUCGUAUUACGCGCGUCCCCUCCCUCUGUAAUAAUUGAUUCUAACUACGAUUCCUUCCACCUACUCUGUUUCUCCUUCGUAGUAUUUCUUUGAAAAGCUUCCGUCACUAAAGGAAAUCUGGUCUAUGGUUUUGGCUGAAGAAGGUUCCACGAUGUCUCGGACUGACGAAGUACACCGUAUAACGGAGAAUGUCUAUAAGUCCAUUAUGGAGCAGUUUAACCCGUGCUUGCGGAACUUCGUGGCCAUGGGGAAGAGUUACGAGAAGGCCCUGUCCAGUGUCACAUUUGCUGCAAAGGGCUACUUCGAGGCACUGGUGAGGAUGGGAGAGAUGGCCAGCGAAAGUCAAGGCUCUAAGGAUCUUGGGGACGUACUGUUUCAGAUGGCUGAGGUCCACAGGCAGAUCCAGAUGCAGCUUGAAGAUAUGCUGAAGUCGUUCCACAAUGAGCUUCUAACCGAGCUGGAGAAGAAGGUGGAGCUGGAUGCACGCUACCUGAAUGCGGCUCUGAGGAAGUACCAGAUGGAGCACAAGAGUAAAGGAGAGAGUCUGGAGAAGUGUCAGGCAGAACUGAAGAAGCUCCGCAGGAAGAGCCAAGGCAGCAAGAACCCCUCCAAGUACGGCGACAAGGAGAUGCAGUAUGUUGAGACCAUUGGCAGCAAGCAGAGUGACCUGGACCAGUACACAGCAGAGGGCUACAAAAGUGCGCUGUCAGAGGAGAGGAGGAGGUACUGCUUCCUGGUGGACAGACAGUGUGCCGUGGCCAAGAACAGCAGCUCCUUCCAUAGCAAGGGUAAGGACCUGCUAGCCCAGAAGAUCCCAGCAUGGCAGCAGGCGUGUGCUGACCCUACCAAGCUGCCUGACCGUGCCAUGCUCCUGGCUCAGCAGAUGACCUCUACAGGGGGUUCCCUGGGGUCCGUCUCCCACACCCACCAUGGUUCCAAGGGCAACCUGCUCAUCUCUGACCCCAUUCCCGGGGCCAAACCCCUGCCUGUACCCCCCGAGCUGGCUGCCCUCAUGGGCCAACAGCGUAUAAUGGGACCAGGUGGAGUGGAUGGAGGGAUGCCCAUGAUGAAUGGAACGACAGGGGCCCACGGAGGAGCAGGCGGGGGAGGAGGGGAGGACUACCAACACUGGAUGGAAGGGAAGAUGGCUCAGGCCCAAGCUCAGGCCCAGCAGGCUCAGCAGGCUCAGGCCCAAGCUCAGGCCCAAGCUCAGGCCCAGCAGGCUCAGGCCUCCUCCCAGGCCCAGCACCUCUCCCAGCCCCACAGACAGGGCAGUGAGGUCUACUCCAACACCCUGCCUGUCCGUAAGAAUGCCCCAGCCAAAAGCAACACCACCAUGGUUCCAGAGACCCGGACCCUGCCCCGGUCUAGCUCCAUGGCUGCAGGGCUGGAGAAGAACGGACGUACCCGUGUCCAGGCCGUUUUCUCCCAUGCAGGGGGGGACAACAGCACCUUGCUCAGCUUCUCUGAGGGAGAUGUCAUCACCCUGUUGGUCCCGGAGGCCCGCGACGGAUGGCACUAUGGAGAGAACGAAAAGAACAACAUGCGUGGCUGGUUCCCUUUCUCCUACACACGUGUUAUCCCUGAGACUGCUGGCAACAAACUACGAGAGAACAAUCUCUACCAUGGUAAGAGCAGCAGCACGGGGAACCUGUUGGAGAGAGAGGACAUGGCAGGUGUCCCUCCCCCAGACUACGGCAUGUCAUCUCGCCUGCUGGCACAGAGCAUGCAGAGCGCAGCCAUGACACACAGCAGCAGACGGCAACAACGGCCAUAUAGCGUGGCGGGGCCGGGCUUCUCACAGCAAGGACUUGAACAGUAUGAGCAACGUUUCCCUCUGAGUGUGAGGCUUUUGAGUGAACAGUUUGACCGCUUUUGAGUCAGCAGGACCCCGUCGGUCCUCCUGCCAAAGGAGAAACCAGCCCAGGUCACUGAGGACCAACCCAGGCCUCUCAUCUCUGACCAUGACCAAUCUCCUCCUCCAAUCCUCUAUUAGCUCCAUGCUCUACUUCCUGUUAUCCUUGGUUCUGAUUGGUUGCUGUGAGGCACAGAUAUAUUUAGCGAGCCAAUUGGAAGAGAAAAACCCUGAUUCUGCUAGAAAAAUCCAAGCACACACACGAUUGAUCUUUCUCAAGUACUGUAGAUGAUGUACUGCCUUUGACAUUUAGUUUUAGCAGGACCUAUGAUGACUGAACCUGUCUAACUAAACUAUCCAUAGCAUUCAAGCCCAACUAGCCUUGGACUGUAUCUUCAAUAAAAUUAAAUCAUUUGAAAACUGUUACAUACUGUAUGCAGGAAAUUCUAGCUCAUUCUGUUAUUUGUUACAGAUAAUGACUUAUGCAUACAUUAAGUUUAAGAAGAUGUCGUUGUUUGAUCUAUAUUAAUUUGGGGGUCUAGUUCUAUGAUCUGGUCAUACAUUAUGUUACUUAUUGCCAUUUGGGAUUUGGUGGGAAUAUCUUUAGUUUGUGUGAGCAAUACAUUUGUCACAAAGUAAAGUAUUUUCUAUAUUUCAAAGGGCCUAUGUUACGGAGAUUAAACAGAACACUGGACAGGCUGGCUGUGUGUAAACAUGUUCUACUGGAGUCUGGGUUCUACUGGUACCCCAACGUUCUACUGGAGUCUGGGUUCUACUGGGACCCCAACGUUCAACUGGAGUCUGGGUUCUACUGGGACCCCAACGUUCUACUGGGACCCCAACGUUCUACUGGAGUCUGGGUUCUACUGGGACCCCAACGUUCUACUGGAGUCUGGGUUCUACUGGGACCCCAACGUUCUACUGGAGUCUGGGUUCUACUGGGACCCCGACGUUCUACUGGAGUCUGGGUUCUACUGGGACCCCAAUGUUCUACUGGAGUCUGGGUCUUAGGACAGAGAGAAAGAAAAGUGCAAUACUAUACACAAUACACAAAGUUAUAGCAUUCUAUAUAGAUUAUUUUCCGUGUUAUAUACAUAUUGUAAAUGACAGCAGAACAAUAGGAUUAAGAAUUCAUGCAUACAAACAAUAUAUUAACUGUUAAUUAAAAUUAAUCCUAUUGUUCUUCUGUCAUGCCAUUACUACAUAAGACAAAGGAUUUGUACCUUAAAAUAGAUAUUCCUGUUGUAUUUUGUACCCGUUUCUAAAUGUAUGUAGUUCUCAACCAGUUUCAUUUGUCUGUAAAUCAAUCUACAAUGUAUAGAAAGACGCACUGAAUUUACUAUAUGACCUAUAGGGAAAAUAACACAUUGCAGAGUGUAUUCCGUAUAUUACCAGUGUGUUUAUACUGUGCAAGAAGAAAUAAUAAUAAGCUCAUUCCUU